AUGGCCAGGGAGAAGGCGGUCGUGGGCGGCAAAACGGGCGGCACGUUGGGGCGGGCCAGUAAUCGCCCAAACCGUGAUGCCGAUGUAGGCGACCAACCCGAGCAGGCGAUGAAUCUUGAAGAACCCGUCGCGGCGUCCAGCCAUGCGAAACCAAGCCCCAGAAAGGCUGCACCCCGGGGGAAGUGGAGCGAGGAACGGCUGUUGACCGACACGAAAUCGGAGCUGGUGGACGCAAACCUGGUGAGCUUGUUUGCCGACUCAGAUGCUUGGAAUUGCUUGGAUGAAAGCGAGAAGCGCGAGAUUCUCGCCUUACUCCCCGACGAUGUCCACCCCGAGGCAGAGAUUGUACAGGACGACCCGGACGCGAAGAUCCCGCCUCCUCCGCAAGAGUUCCUGCGCUACUCGAUGAACUGGCGCGAUGGUGUUCGCCAAUUCCAAGAUGACCUCGCUAAUGGCCAUUUCAAUCCUGAGUGGCUGCGUCAAGCGGAAGAAGCUCGUAAACAGCGGGCGAAUGGCGAUUUCGAUACCUUUAAGGAGCAGGAAUUCGAGGAAUAUUGGGGACAAAAGCAGAAAAUGGAUAUGAGUCUUAUUGCUGGUGAAAGCGCAAAGGUUAAACUCAGCCAACUUAUCCAGGAUGGUGUUGUCAGAAUCGGCGAUGUCUGGAGAUAUCGCUUUGUUUUUGGCAAGGGGGAGGAUCGUUUCUGUAUUGACAAGGAAGCCAGGAUCCACGACAUCAAAGGCUUGAAGUUGUCGUUUGUGGUUCCGACUGGGACACGAACUUUCCUCUCUGUUCCUUCUCAAUUACAGGAAGAGCCCAAGACAAUCGUCGAAAACGGAACAAAAGCGGAUAUCACCACAUCAGAUUCGCAAAAGGCGUCAACAGGCAUGAAAAAGGAAUCAACAGACACGAAGAAGCAUGAUCCGGAAAGCGACAUUAAAACAGAUCCUAACACCACAGAUCCUUGCGAGAAGAUAUCCACAGAGAUUCCCGCAGAGCCUUGCGCGGGAACGGCAAAUGGCGCCCAAGAGGACCCCCAGAAAUUAGAAGCUCCCGCAAACGAUGUGCCUGACACCGUGGAGACAAAGCCGUCGCCCCAGGAAACCACGGUCAAAGACCAAAACGGCCCUGAAAACACGCCCGGUGCACACUACGAUUCCUAUUCGUCGGUUGAGGCUCCCAUAGUGAGACAACCUCCUAGCACGAAAGGGGAAAGUAGCCAGGCCAACAAUGGACUCAAGCGCCCAGCCCCUCAGCCUGUGCCAGAACCUCCAGCGAAGCGAAGGGCCGGUAGACCUCUCAAGUACCUGAUCAAGGAGCCAGCACCAACCGAGCAGGAAGAUACCAAGCAGGAGACUUUCAAGCAGGAAGCUAUCAAACAGGACGCCACCUAUACUGCGUCUAGCACGCCCGCAAGCUCAAGCGUAUCAGUGGGAAUUUACAACCUGCCUCCCUCGGCACCACUCAAGAAAAUGCAAGCGGAGGAUGCAGCCACCACGCAGGAAGAAAAUACUGUACAGACUCGAAUUGUGCCCACUACCGAGGACGGAAAGGGAAAGGCGAUCACAGAGCCAUCAGCUCAAAGCAAUGGGGCUGAAAAUCCUGAGAAUGGCAAUAUCGUCUCAGCGACAGAAAAUGAAGAUGCAAAUGAAACCGGACUCAAGGAUACGGAUCAUAUCAGACCCGUGUCUUUUCCACUUUCCACUCGCACAAUGUCGCCGCUUACACCUCCGCCUGAGGACAUGGACAACGGAACCGAGCAGCCUGCAGAGGAGAAGCCCGCAGAGCCCUCCAAGCCCGCGGACGCCGAGCAGGCCCUCGAAACAAUCGUCCACGGCAUCACAUCUACAGCCAAUUUCGCCAAAUGUAUCGUGGACAUGGACGGACGACGACCCGAAGGUGCGCGUUUCUCGAAUAAUGCGUGGAAGGAGAUCCGCUGUUAUCGAAACAACCAGGACAUAGGGAGUCUCUGGGAUGUUCGACAUCAGUGGUACCUCAAGCACCAGUGA